GGAGAGAGUGCACUUGUGCUCUUUUUCUUUUUGCUUUUAUUUUAAAAAAUGUCAAACAAGGAAUCAAAACCACAGGUGGAACAAGUGGAGAAUAUCCCUUCAGAUCAAAGACAAAAUGAUAAUUUAAGCGAGAAAGAAUAUAAUGAAAUUCACGCUGACAAAAGAAAUAUCUUUUCUCGCAUUAAAGAUUCGAUCUAUACAAAGCCUGAAAAGACACAAAAUGUGUGGCAUUUACUAACAAACUUGAAUAAUACUCAAAGAAUUACAUUUGCAGCAGCCUUCUUUGGUUGGACUUUAGAUGCAUUUGAUUUCUUUUCUGUCUCUUUAUCUGCAACACGGAUAGCUGAAACAUACGGUGUUCAACCCUCUGAUGUCACAAGUGCAAUUACUACCACUUUGAUGCUACGGCCUAUCGGUGCACUGAUUUUUGGUGCACUGGCUGAUAAGUUUGGACGACGAUGGCCCCUGAUGAUCGACAUCGUCUUGUUUUCGAUCAUCAAUAUGGCAAGUGGCUUUGCUCCUAAUUUACAAACUUUCAUUGGUCUUCGUGCUGUCUUUGGUAUCGCCAUGGGCGGCGAAUGGGGACUUGGUGCCAGUUUGGCACUUGAAACACUUCCUAUUGAGGCACGUGGUUUAUUCUCUGGUAUCUAUCAGCAAGGUUAUGCAUGCGGCUACUUGCUUGCUACCUUGGUUAACUAUGCCGUCACUCAGACAAACUCGACCUGGCGUAUCCUCUUUUGGGUAGGCGCAGGAUUUGCUAUACUGGCUGUUAUCAUUCGUAUUUGGGUACCAGAAUCAGAAACAUUUGUGCGCCAAGUACAUGCUCGCAAAAUCCUGGGUCGAUCUAUCUGGAAAGAACUCAAGACGGCCAUUCGGUUACAUUGGUUACGAAUGAUCUACAUGGUCAUCUUGAUGGCCUUUAUGAACUUUUUUUCACACGGCUCACAGGAUCUCUAUCCCACUUUCCUUCUCUCCCAGCUUGGAUAUACAUCUACUGAACAAACUGUAACAGGUGUUAUCAUGAAUGUUGGUGCAAUCGUAGGCGGUACGAUCUUUGGAUAUUUUUCAAAUUACUUUGGUCGUCGAUUCAUCCUUUGCUUUUGUGCUGUUUGCGCAGGCGCAUUUAUUCCUCUCUGGGUAUAUGCGCCCAAUAUUCAUGCCUUACAGUUUGGCGCAUUCAUCAUGCAAUUCUUUGUUCAAGGCGCAUGGGGUGUCAUUCCCGCACAUAUCAAUGAACUUUCCCCAGACGCUUUCCGAGGACUGAUGCCAGGCUUGGCUUAUCAGUUGGGUAAUUUGAUUAGUGCAGCAUCAAGUCAGAUCGAGGCUACAAUUGGUGAAAAAUACCCCCUUCGUAAUUCAGAUGGUACGUUUAAAUUAAAUUCCAAGGGACAGCAUAUUGCAGACUAUGGCAAGACUCAAGCCAUAUUCAUGGGUUGUGUUUGUGGAUGCCUUUUUAUAACUGCCAUCGUUGGUAAAGAAGAACGAAACAAGGACUUUAAUCAGAAUUUAACACAAGAUCAGCAAAGCAAUCAUAUUGGACCUGAUGAAAUCAAGGCUCAUGAAGUAGAGCAGGGCUUAUCUUCUUCACAUUUGUAAAUAUAAACAAUUUUUUUUUACCUUUGUUGGUAAGUGCUUUGUGAUACAUUUGUUGCAUUCACACAUCAAAGUCCGUUCAAC